CGCUUUUGGUGCAUUACUUGGACUCGCAAUAGUGCCUCUGUCUAGGGACCCCUACCUGGUUAUCAUGUAUGCGCUGUUAGGAGGAUGUUCUUUUAUCACUGGGUGCUUAAUGCUAUAUUUCUUUAAAAAAUACGAUGAUGAAGAGGCAGCGAAUGAGAAGAUUAUCGUGGUCGGCUAA